UCCAUAGUUCUUCCCCCUUCGUUCUUCCUCUCCCCUUCUCUAUAGAAGGAAAAAGACAAAAAGCUAUCGCUUAGUCCUUUUCUUCUCACGUGAUUCCUCUGCUGAUAACGUCUGCAUUGUUUCUAUAAAAUCUUUUAUUCCUAUUGGAAGUCUGAUACUGAUUAAAAUGGACUAUGAAGAUCGAUAUCGUCAGGCUAAAUAUGACUGUCUUCUAUUUGAUCUGGAUGAUACUCUGUAUCCCUUAAACUCUGGACUAGCAGCUCAAUGCAGGAAAAACAUCGGAGAUUACAUGGUGGAGAAGCUUGGAAUUGAGGAGAGCAAAAUCUCUGAUAUGUGCGAUCUUCUCUACAAGAACUAUGGCACCACCAUGGCUGGUCUUAGGGCGAUUGGCUACAGAAUAAACUAUGAUGACUACCAUAGCUUUGUUCAUGGAAGAUUACCUUAUGAGAACCUGAAGCCUGAUCCUGUUCUUAGACAGAUUCUGCUAAGCAUCCCAAUUCGCAAAGUCAUAUUCACAAAUGCUGAUAAGAUUCAUACUGUGAAAGUUCUAAGAAAACUUGGUUUGGAAGACUGUUUUGAGGGAAUUAUCUGUUUUGAAACUCUCAACACAAAUGAAGAAAAUUCAUCGGAAGACCUAACAGAAAUCAACAGAUCUAAUAUUUUCAAUAUCGUCGAUCAUUUCUCACAAUCACGCCCAAAUACUGAACUGCCAAAGACUCCUGUUCUAUGCAAACCAUCUGAAUCCGCCAUGAUUCGAGCUCUUUCUAUUGCGAAAAUUAAUCCACAGAGAACUAUUUUCUUUGAAGACAGCAUCAGAAACAUUCAAGCAGGGAAGAGAAUUGGUCUGCACACAGUCCUGGUUGGGAGUUCGCAGAGAGUGAAGGGUGCAGAUCAUGCUCUGGUGAGCAUACACAACAUAAGGGCAGCUUUGCCUGAGCUUUGGAAAGAGGAGGAGAAAUCUGGAGAUCUUCUUUAUCCUGGGAAAGUUGCAAUUGAGACGUCUGUGACUGCUUGAACAUAACAUAUAUGUCUUUAUGUUGCAAAUAUUUUUAGCAUAUAUAUAUAUAGAUAGAUAUAUAUGUUGAGGAAGAUGAUGUGCUUUCAUUUUCUAUAUGAUUAGCUUAUGUAUGGUUAUAACUAGCCUUUGAAUAAUAAAUUUCUCCCUGUUUUUCUUGACUU